UGUGACAGACCACAAAGUACAAACAUGGCACAAACUACAGAUUGAUUAGCGCCAUCUAUUGAGCGAUCAUACAGAAAAUAACUUACAUAUUUCUGCUGUCUGUAAGAUGGCGCUAGUAGCAAUUAGCAUCCUAAAAACAAGCUAAUAUGAGAGUGACACCCCCCCUGUAUUCUAUCUGAAGUUUCGCCUGCUUGAGAAAUUAUAUAAAUUAGUAAAAUCUGGAUACUGUAAACUGAAUAGAAAAAAUGAGUAAGCUGUGCAGACAAGUUUCUAUUGAGUCACCUGGACCCACUUUAAAAGAAUGUGUAUUCAGUUUUGAUGUACCUGUGCCAGAUGUUCCACUGUAUGGAGCAAGGAUCAGAGUUGCUUAUGCUGGUGCCUGCUAUAGGGUUAGUCGAACUCGCUCUGCAUCAGUUUGCAGCACAUCAUCUGUUUCAUCAAUUGGAAGUUUAACAGGAGAAAUGGAAAGCUUUGGAAUGCACAAUUCUGCACCUGCACAAUAUAUUGGUUUAAGAGAUGGGGCGUUAUUCCCUGGUUACGAAGUUGCUGGUAUAGUAGAUGCUAUAGGGAGUGCUGCGGAGUGUACGGAUGGCAUAACAGUAGGCACCAGAAUAGUCUUGUAUCCCUAUGAAGGUGUACCUCAUGGAUAUGCUGAUUAUAUUGUAGUACCAGAUUUCAAAUGUUUGGUGCCGGUGCCGGCUGAGUUACCACUGAGUAUUGCAGCCAUGCUGCCUACUGGGGCUUUACUUGCUACCAACACAGUUUGCACAGCGACUGAAUGCCUAAACAGUAUCCUGGAGGGAACCAACAGGAAGGAUAGGGUGACAAUGCUAAUUGUGGGGACUGGUGGAUUAGCGCUUUGGGCACUUCGUAUUGCUACACACUAUUUUGGACAACUUCCAUACCAUGAUCGCAUUCAUAUUUCGGUUGCGUCUUUGAAAGACGAAGGAUUCGUUCUUGCCAAGGAGAAUGAAGAGAUCAAAGUAGUGCAAUGGUCCGAAGACCUCUACGAACGGCAACUGAUAGAGCGAACGAUAGAUGCAUGCGGCGGUCCAGUCGACGUCGUCCUUAACUUCGGAACUACUUCGCGAUCGCUGCACCGCUCCCUGCAAUGCCUUGCUCCAGGUGGCAUGGUACUUGUAACUGAAGACAUAGGGGAGAAGCUACUGCCCAAGUUUGCAAAGAAGGCUGAAGAUAUGAAUGUGAAUAUAGUGGUGGUUCCAAAUGGAACUAUAGAACAGCUCAAGGAGUUAGUCGAACUAGUGGCGAAUGGUGAGAUCGAACCUCCACCUCAUUCAGUAUUCCCGGUUGAAGAAGCGCAGGAAGUGGUGAGGAAACUGUGCAAUUCGGAAAUCAAUGGACGCGCUAUAUUAAAAUUUUAUAAUGUUGACUAAACUUUUUUAUCUGUACAUAACUGAAACAACCAAAUAAUGUAUCAUCAAUUUAAUUAUAAUCUCCCUUGUAUUAUUGUUAUCAUCCAUUUCAUCAUUGUUGAACACAUAGAUGUUGGUUAAACAGCAUCACAAAAGUGUUUUUACGAGAUUUUACACUGUGUCUAGACCAAGGUCUUUAACAAGAUCAUACUUGUUUUACAUAGUGUAAAUGGUUGCCAUUUUUUGCUAUCGCUAAAAAUCGGCUGUGACAGUGGUUGUUUCUACUAUCUGUUAUCACAAGAAACAGAGAAAUAGGAUAUGGUCUAAAUAGGCUCCUUAGCGGGCGGCGCAUACUUUCCGUGCUGUAUGUAAAUUUAUUUGUUGUAUGUAAUUAAGUUUGUCCCUACUCCCUAACCGUUAGCGCUGCCCUAACCGCAGGACGCGCCUCUCUCUCUUGGGCCACUGACUAAAUCUAAGGGUCUAAGCUGGAUCUAAAAUAAUUUGUACAAGUUUAAUAUUUUUACAAUGACAUGGCAUUGCAUGACAAUUGCUUUAAAAAAAAAUAUUUAGGGGCUUUUGUAACUACCUUUAUAUCAGCCCCAUAAUAAUCUAAUACAGAAUCAAAAUAAUUGUUAAAUUAACAAAUAACACAACUUUCAAAAAGAAAAACACAAAAAGAAUCCAUCCAGAAUUCCAAAACUGGAAUUACUUUUAAUAUUUUUGAUUGUCAAAUGGUCUAGUUUUAUCCCGUUUCGGGUAGCACUUUAUCGUGGAACCCACUGUAUAAUUAUAUAUUUUUGUAGGUAAUUAAUAAAUUGUUGUACAGAAGCUAUUUUCUCAUGCUAAGUCAAAGUGAAAAAUAUUAAGGCCAGUCAGGCGUUCCUUCUCUUUUUUUUUGUAAAUAUUUUUAUUUACUUUUGCUUAUUACUGUUAAAUUUAGUUUGAGCUUUAAAACCUAUAUAGUACCAUAUUAGGAAUAUUAUUUUGAUCAUUUAAUACGCUUUUCAAAUAUGCUAUUUUACACUUACCUGAAACCUUGUUAAUAAAACACUUAUAGUUCACGACAGGUAGACAUGGCCAUCGGGGUGGGGAUACCUCACACACCCGCGCUUAAACUGACCUGUCGACCUGUCGCGAUCUAUCUGGAUAAAACGUGAAUUUUAUGUAUAAAAUUAAUUUCACAUAGAAUACACGAAUAUCAAUUACCUAUGUUUAGUUGGGGGCACAAAAUAAGUUUUCAACAAGGUUGUACAACGUGCCAUAUUUUGUUAUUAGAAUAUUUAUAUUUGUGUAUAUAAGACAAUAAAAAAUAUAGGUAAUCGAAUACUAUAACAAACAGGCUUGCUUAGUAGAUACUUAUUUUAUAACAGAUAUAGUUUUGAGACUGUGUGAUAAUAAAUAAUUAUUUAGUUAAGUUCUGCAAGUUGUGAUUGAAUAGCAUUGAGAAGCGAGUGACAUAGUUAUCAUAAACAUGUAAAUAUAGUCAUUAUAAACAUGUAUUUACAAAUUAUGUAUCUACAAAAAUUAUAUUUUGUGUUAUUUGUGAGAAAAAGAAAUGUCACCCUUAACAGGGCUCUCUCCGUCACUCGCUUCAUACAAUCGUAGUUCCAAUUUCAUUUGCAUAUUAAGCAACCAAAGUCCAUGAAAUUUUGCAGACAU